AUGGCAAAAAUCACACAAAGAAGGAUCAGCCGCGAAGAGGUGGCUGAACACUGUGACUACGCGAGUUGCUGGAUUGUUCUGCACAAUGAUGUGCUUGAUGUCACUGAGUUUCUCGAGAAACACCCCGGCAGUAUGGAGCUUUUGCUAGAAUAUGCCGGUUCCGAUGCCACUCAAGUUUUUGAGGAUUGUGGUCACUCGAUGCAAGCGAGGAUGCUUGCUGAUAAAUAUAAGAUUGGUACAUUGCCUGACGAGCAACAACCCGAUCAACCUGGAUCUCAAUUUGUUGCAUAUGCUAAGAAGCUUGUUCAACUUAUCUCAGCC